AUGCGUGAAUCGCUGGAGAGUCUCUUGGACACGCCAAUUUGGAGGACUUUGCCAAGCCAGCAGGCCGGGCGUCCUUGGUUGAAGUAUCUCAUCCUCGUCCCCUUGGGCCAGCUAGCCUUCAUCGCAUUUUCCAUCAUCGUCGUCGUGCCGAUAGCAUCUACAUCGCUCUUCGGCACUGCAGAGGCAACUCUGAACAAAUGCCUCACGUCUCAUCUGAUGCUGAUAGUGAUCCUGAUCCCCAUCGUGGGUGCUGUUGUCUACGAUCUGGGUCGGGAAGUCGUGGUGCUGAGAAAGCUGUGGCGCGGCCGACAGAGGGCAGAACUGCCCACUGACAGGCCUUUGCUGACUCAUGCGGUCGUCAUUACAGAAUACAAGGAGCCGCUGGAUGUAUUGGCAGCCACCGUGGCUUCGCUCCAAGAGCAGACCCUGGCACACAACACGAUUGUGGUUUUGGCGCAGGAGGCUCGGGAUCCCGGAGCGGAAGAGACUUUCUUGAGCCUGAAAGCGGCAGAGAAGUCCUUCUUUCGUUUCAUGUGCACCCGUCACGAGCUCCAGCCUGGAGAGGUUGCCGGCAAGUCAAGCAACGAAAACCUUGCGGUCCGUCAGCUCUACAGCCGCGUGCUGGACAUGGGUUUGGACCCCUUCACGGUCAUGGUUACAGUGGCAGAUGCUGAUUCCUACUUCGACCGCGUGUUUCUCGAGCAGGUGGAGUCGGAAUUUUGGCGCACACCGGACGGCCGCCGUAUGCUGUUCGACUCGCCGAUCAACACGGUGCGCAACCUUGCAGAGUGCAAUCUGCUAGUGCAGUGUUACGAGAUUUACCGCUGCCAGACGGUGACAUUCAACCAUAUGACCAUGCAGCCCUGUCAGUCAAACUAUAGCAUGAUGCUGGGAUUUGCUCAUGAGCUGAACUACUGGGAUCCGGACAACACAUCCGAAGAUCUGCACACCACACUGAAAGCCAUCGCAUACACCAGUGCGCCCGCCGACUGCGUUGUCACCGUCUGGAGCCUCAUCAUGAAUGAUUCGGUGACCGGUUUCCGGGACCGAUGGGUACAGGCCAAGCGACACAUGUGGGGUGUGGAGGAAGUUGCUUGGAUUAUUUCACUUUUCCCAGUGCUCCGAUGGCGGGUAUGGUACCGAAUGCUGGGAAUCACAGCGGAUAACCUCCUGAAGGCCACGAUUCCGUCGUGGAUCAUUUUCUGCUUCCCACAGACCUGGCGGGCGCUCAUGGAUCUGGGGCCGAGCACGCUAUCUCUGGUGCUGGCUGGCUGCAUUCUGUCGUUCUGCUACGGGUGGGUGAAGUUCUUCGCACGCGAGGCCUUCAUGCGAAAGUACAUUCUGGGUCACCGACGCGACAUCCUAGUCCCCAUGCAAUGGUGGAGGUGGGCCAUCCUCGUGCUUUCGUACCCCAUUGUUCUUCCCAUCUCGCAAGCCAUCUUCGUCACAAUGGCAGGCUGGCGUAUGCUUUGGCAUGCCGUCUUCCACAGCCAGCUGAAGUAUGUCACUGCCCCGAAGCAAUUUAGCCCAAAAGCAGCCGUGGAGAUGCAGCAGGCGAGUUUCAGUUUCACAGGUGACGGGUGA